AGCCUGCCCUGGAGACACAAAUUAUAAAAAUGUAUCACAGAAGACUGAGAAGAGCAAAUGGCCUGGAGACAAACUCCAGUGAUGAUGACAUCACUACACACAGUCAUUGGGUUACAUUGGAUUAGCGUCUUCCGGCUCUGCUCAUAGGCUCAAAGAAAAGGGGCAGGGAGCAACUAAUAAAAGCAUGUGCCACAUGAAAUCGGGAAAGCAAGUCUGUUUAAGAGGAGGGAAGCAGAACUGUCUUCAUUGUGAACCACAAUAAACAAGUCUCCAGGGCGGUAUAACUGUCCUAACAUGAUGCCUACAGCUAAAGGCUUGUCACAUAUGAUACCUGCUCAUGUUCUGAGGGUGGGGCAAACCAUUCAAGUGGAUUCUACAGCUCCAGAGGCCAAGACCAAUCACCACCUCCCCAACACUACAGCUUUGAGUGUCAAUCAAAUCGACGAUGAGCUUGAGAAUUCCCUGGAGAACCUCAACCAGCUAAUCCUUGAACUUGAUCCAACUUUUGAACUGCACCAGGUGCCAAAAAGUCCAACCUCAGAUGAAGAUGAAUCCAGUCCUGUGCUGAUCCCAAGAGGCUGCCCUGCUAACAGGUCACCUAGUUCAGUCAUCACUGUCUCUCCCAGUAUUGCCAUCCCGUCUCCGUGUGGCCUGAGCUGCAGUCCCCAGGGGGCACUGGUGUUCUCGGGCUCACCCUCUUCCUCCUCCCUCCCUCCACUCCCUUGCGGUAGUGUGGUGCGCAGGAGCCCCAUCCCAAGACAGGAUGGAGGGGCAACUCAGAGCUCCUGUUGCCUCUCGCAGCCAAACCGACACAGUGCACUCUCUCUCCUCUCCACGUCCUCAUGCUCUGAUACCAGCUACAUCCUGGGCAGCAACUUGUCUCUGACCAGUGAAGAUGCUGAUUCUUCAGAGUUCAGUAUCACUCCAACUGGGUCUUAUGUUGGUCGCUUUUCAGAAAUGCCUCUAUCACCAAAAAACAAACAUUUAGCAGGACUCCAUCACAAACAAACCCACAGCAGCCCUGCAUCCCUCUCUGGCUCCUUCACUGAUAUCCCUGUACUUUUGAUCAAUGGAGCACCCCAGCCCGAAAUACAGUCAUGCCCUCCAUCUCCAGGACUGCAAAUGAACUUGUCCCCUACGAAACCACCCUCACCUCACAGUCCUCUUUUCUUUGGAAGCCAACCAACAAUGAAGUUUGUAAUGGACACAUCAAAGUUAUGGUUUCGUCCACAUAUCAGCAGAGCAGAAGCUGAAGCCCUGGUCAGAGACAAGGAGCCAGGAACAUUUGUGAUCCGAGACAGCACAUCCUUCAAGGGAAAUUUUGGGCUCGCCAUGAAGGUGGAUCAGUCUCCAACCACGUUUGCUGCAUCUGCUAACCCAGGAGAUAAUAGUUCAGAUUUGGUCAGACACUUCCUCAUUGAAUCAUCAGCCAAAGGUGUUCGAAUCAAAGGCUCUUCCCAGGAACCGUACUUUGGAAGUCUACCAGCCUUGGUUUACCAGCACACAAUUUCAGCCUAUGCCCUACCAUGCAGACUACAGCUCUCCUCUCAAGUGCUGGGUGCAACAGAGAAUACCAAGACAUCAGGAGAAGGCAAGAAGAAAUCAGCAGCCUCCAACUUUGUCUAUCUGAACUCUAUCCCCACUGAGAUGCUGACUGGUCCCUGUGCGAUCCAAAAGGCAGUGACAGUGACUUUUGAGAAGGCCCCUGGCUCCUUCACCCCUGCCAUAGUGAAUUUAAAGGUUUCUCCGAAGGGCGUAACUCUCACAGACAUCAACAGGAAGCUUUUCUUCAGGCGCCAUUAUCCCAUCCACCUCCUCAGCUACAUCGGAGAAGAUCCAAACAGUAGACGGUGGAUGAGAGGCUCAGAUUUUGGUGCAAAGAUGUUUGGUUUUGUGGCCAAAGGUGUUGAAGCUGGAAUGGAAAAUGUCUGCCAUGUUUUUGCAGAGUAUGACCCUCUGCAGCCCUGUGACAAGAUUGUUCAGUUUAUUCAAGAUGUACUAACUAACUAAUAACAGUAACUAAAACAUAAAUAAUCUGUACCAUUUUUAACAUUUCAUUUUGUAAUUUUGUAUUGACUGUUUUUGCCAUUACAUACAAAUAGAUUUUCUUAACAGUAGGACAAAAUAUCUAGACAAUUGAACAUUGUCAGUUUACAAUAGCACUUAGGCUUAGAGAAUGCAUAACUGUUAAAAGUUUAGAUUAUAAUGGUGUAUUUUUAUUUUUGUAAAUUAUGGUAGUAAAGAAAGGAAAGAUGUGCAAUGUAUUUUCUAUCUUUUUAUUCUAAAUGCGUCACUUUUUAUGAAUGCUUGACAGCCUAUCAUAUCAAAGUAAUGAUUGUAGAUACUUGAGAUUUAGCUUAUAUUGUAUAUUUAUGAUUUACCACUGUGUGCAAUUUCUUUGUAUAGUAAUACAUUUUGUAAUAUAAAAAAAUAAACUGAUGAAACCCAUACCAA